GGCGAAGAGAGAAGGAGGCGAGGCACCGCGGCCCGACCGGUAGUAGUAGUCUCUCUCACACUGGUUCUGCUGUCGCUUCCCCUCAGUCACUAAGCCUCAGAGGAGACAGUCAGUCGAGUGCCCGUUCAAGUCGUCACACUUUUCGGUGAUCCACUCCGGGUCCUUGCGAUCUCUCGUCGGUCUCUUGGUCCCUCCCUGGAUUUUUUUUUUUCGGGUAUUAGGCCCCCCUUCCACUUCGUUAGCAGCUUCUGCAUUCGCGAUUCUCUCCCCGUUCCUCUCGUCUGUCGGCAGCAUGAGGGAAAUUGUGCAUCUGCAGGCUGGCCAAUGCGGCAAUCAAAUCGGUUCGAAGUUUUGGGAAGUGAUCAGCGAUGAGCACGGAAUCGAUCCCGUGGGGCAGUUCACCGGCGAUGACGCCGGCGGAAUUCACCUGGAACGCAUCAACGUCUACUACAACGAAGCCUCAGGAGGUCGAUAUGUUCCUCGCGCUGUCCUGGUCGACCUGGAACCGGGCACAAUGGAAGCCGUGCGGUCGGGGCCGGUCGGUAGGAUAUUUAGGCCGGAUAACUUCGUCUUCGGACAAAGCGGAGCCGGUAACAACUGGGCCAAAGGGCACUACACAGAGGGCGCCGAGCUGGUGGACGCCGUCAUGGACGUCAUGAGGAAGGAGGCGGAAAACUGCGACUGCCUUCAGGGCUUCCAGCUGACACAUUCCCUCGGAGGGGGCACCGGCUCGGGCAUGGGUACCCUGCUCAUUUCCAAGAUCAGGGAGGAAUACCCGGACAGAAUCAUGAACACAUUCUCCGUCAUUCCUAGUCCAAAGGUUUCCGACACUGUCGUGGAGCCUUACAACGCCACUCUAUCCGUCCAUCAACUUGUCGAAAAUACAGAUGAAACUUUCUGUAUUGACAACGAGGCUCUUUACGACAUCUGCUUCAGAACGCUCAAGCUCACUUCACCUUCAUAUGGAGAUUUGAACCACCUCGUUUCGGUGACGAUGUCUGGAGUGACAACAUGUCUUAGAUUUCCAGGACAGUUGAAUGCAGAUCUCAGAAAACUCGCUGUCAACAUGGUACCUUUCCCCCGCCUUCACUUCUUCAUGCCAGGCUUUGCACCUCUCACCUCCAGAGGGUCACAGAGCUACCGGGCACUCACAGUCCCAGAACUGACCCAGCAGAUGUUCGACAGCAAAAACAUGAUGACGGCGUGUGACCCACGCCACGGCAGGUACCUCACAGUGGCCGCCAUCUUCAGGGGCAAAAUGUCUAUGAAGGAGGUCGAUGAGCAGAUGUUGUCGGUCCAGAACAAAAAUUCAAGUUACUUUGUCGAAUGGAUUCCAAACAACGUCAAAGUGGCUGUCUGCGAUAUUCCUCCCAAGGGUCUCAAAAUGUCGGCCACAUUCAUUGGCAACUCGACAGCUAUCCAGGAGAUCUUCAAGCGCAUAUCAGAGCAAUUCACAGCCAUGUUCCGACGCAAGGCUUUCCUCCACUGGUACACGGGGGAGGGUAUGGACGAAAUGGAGUUUACAGAGGCCGAAUCCAACAUGAACGACUUGGUUUCAGAAUACCAGCAGUACCAGGAGGCCUCAGCAGACGACGAGGAAUUCGUCGACGAGGAAGAAGGCGUCGACGAAGAGAUCGUGGAAGAGCAAUAAAGAAGUGGAAGCAGAGGGACGUCUGUUCACGAAAGGCUCAGGGAAAAGAAAAGAAAACGAGAGCGGAAAGAGAGAUGAAAACGGGAAGACGGUUGUUCUUUGCACCUUUAGGGAUUAUUAUUCACUGAUGGAUAAACAAAUAUACAGCUACGACGAUCUGUAAUAUCAGAUUGAAAAAUGAGCCGUCUAUCACGCCUAUAAACAAGACAGAGCAACUAAGCCUUCUAAUAUGUAAAUUUCUUUUAAGAAAACACAACUAUUGAUCUUCAUAAGAGCUCUGGCUUCGCGGUUUCAUCACGAAUAUAGUUCACGACAUUUAGCAUAACAUUUAUUAAUCUGAUUAAUAAAUGAAUACUGCCACUAAGUUUCUUUUCUUUUUGAGACAAAAAAAUCGGUCCAUUUAUCAAAUCAUUUUCUAUUUAUUUUUUUUUCUUAGUGUAACUUCUAGUCAUUACUAAUAUGCGGCUUUGGACAUAUUCUGUAAUGAGGCAUUAGGAUACUGUUGGUUUCUUCUGAUUCAAAAUAAAUUUAAGUACAAGGUUUAUGCAGAGAUAAAUUUAAGGUUGGGAGAGUCAAAUUUUUGCCAUUCUGCAUCAAUAAACCCAAAGUUGAAGAGUAAACACUCCAUUCAGCUAGAAUUAAAUGUAUUUCAAGCUAAAUCACUGAAACACAAAUGGAUUUUAAAAUCAGAAUUUGGUAACUGACCAAAACAGAAAAAUAUGGAAGAUUUAAAAAAAAAGUCUUUAUCCAAGACAGGGACAACUUCAGAACUUCACAGUAUAUUUAUUAUUAAAACCAAAAAUGGGGUUUUAAGGUAAGUGAAAUGAAGUUAAAAAUGGAAAACUUGUAAUGUCGUCCAGACAAACGAAAUUCUUGAAUAUGUCCCGUCAUCUUUUCUGAGUUUAGAAGUUUAUGAUGCAGUUUUGGCGAAACAUUGGUAGUUUGUAUGAUUGGCUGUUUGAUAAAAGGUCACUUUAUGACUUUGUAAUCUUAAAAGUUUGUAAAAAAAAAUAAUGUUUAAAUAAAAAGACCAAAGCAUCAUGACUGGACAGUUAUAGUGGGGAAGACCGUCAUAUGGCUUUGGUAGUCGAAUGUGUUAUGAAUUUUCUUAAACUAGAUUAUUUUGUUAAUUUGGAAUAAAAACAAAUGAAAAUACA